AUGACUGCGUGUCUAGAAAACUGCGUGACUUGGUGUCUAGACAACUGUGAUACUGAAUUUCUAGACAACUGUACAUGUAGGACUGGGUGUCUAGACAACUGUGGGAAUGCGUACCAAGACAACUGUGGGACUGGGUGUCUAAACAAUUGUGUGACUGCGUGUCUAGACAACAGUGGGACAGGGUGUCUAGACAACUGUGGGAAUGCGUACCAAGACAACUGUGGGAGUGGUUGUCGAGACAACUGUGGGAAUGCGUACCAAGUCAACUGUGGGGCUGUGUGUCUAGACAACUGUGGGACUGGGUGUCGAGACAACUGUGGGAAUGGGUGUCUAGACAACUGUGGGACUGGGUGUCUAGACAACUGUGAGACUGGGUGUCUAGACAACUGUGGGAAUGCGUACCAAGUCAACUGUGGGGCUGUGUGUCUAGACACCUGUGGGAGUGGGUGUCGAGACAACUGUGGGACUGGGUGUCUAGACAACUGGGGGAAUACGUACCAAGACAACUGUGGGACUGGGUGUCUAGACAACUUUGGGAAUGCAUACCAAGUCAACUGUGGGACUGGGUGUCUAGACAACUGUGGGACUGCGUGUCUAGACAACUGUGGGAAUGCGUACCAAGACAACUGUGGGAGUGGUUGUCGAGACAACUGUGGGAAUGCGUACCAAGACAACUGUGGGAUUGGGUGUCUAGACAACUGUGGGACUGGGUGUCUAGACAACUGUGGCAAUGUGUACCAAGACAACUGUGGGAAUGUGUACCAAGACAGCUGUGGGACUGGGUGUCUAGACAACUGUGGGACUGGGUGUCUAGACAACUGUGGGAAUGUGUACCAAGACAACUGUGGGAAUGUGUACCAAGACAACUGUGGGACUGGGUGUCUAGACAACUGUGGGAAUGUGUACCAAGACAACUGUGGAAAUGUGUAG